AUGGCACCGUUGUCCAUCUUGAUCGUUGGUUGCGGCAUAGGUGGCCCCACGCUUGCUUCUUUUCUGCUACUUUCUUCCCAUGACUCGCAACAGAGACCUAGGAUCACCAUCCUUGAAAGAUCUACAACACAUGCACGGGGUCAGAACAUUGAUGUCAGAGGCGCAGGUGUGACAGUCAUUCGCAAGCUUCGGCUCGAAAACGCAAUCCGCUCAGCCACCACGGGCGAGGAAGGUACAAAAUUCGUGGAUGCAGACAACCGAGUAUGGGCUGCUAUCCCGGCAGACAAGUCUGGCCGUGUCCAAACGGGAACAAGCGACAUCGAGAUUCUGAGGGGACGGCUCGCGGAUCUCUUAUAUCGGAGAAGCAAGGACGUGAGCCAAGAACUGGAAGAUGAGGGUGGAGAAGGUAUAGAGUAUAUCUUUGGCGAUUCCCUGGAAGGAUUGGAGCAGGACAGCGAAAAAGUGCAUGUACGCUUCGCUAAGAAUGGCGAAAGAAGGACUUUUGACUUGGUGGUCGGAGCCGACGGCCUUCAAAGUCCAACACGCAGGUUGGGAUUUGGACAAAAUGGUGACCACGAGAGGGUGAAGCAACUUGGGAUGUAUGGCGGAUUCUUCAGCAUGCCAAAAGGCUCCACGGACAGUGAUUGGAGGCGCUGGUUCCAUGCGCCUGGAAGGAGGGGGAUAAUGGUGCGACCGUCCGAGGUGAAUGGUAUGUCGACCGUAUUCAUGAGCAUCAUCAACGAGAAAGAUAAAAGGUUCGCCGAGGUUGCAGUAGGCGGACAUCAAGGCGUCGACAGUCAGAAGGCGUUGCUCAGGGAGUACUUUUGGGAUGCUGGCUGGGAAAGUAGGAGGAUCAUCAAAGAGAUGGAGGCCGCCGAUGACUUCUACUAUGCCAUGGUGGCGCAGGUCAAAAUGGAUAAGUGGAGUAACGGAAGGGUUGUGCUACUGGGGGAUGCUGGAUAUUGCGCAUCACCUAUUUCAGGCAUGGGCACAACAUUGGCCAUGGUUGGAGCAUACAACCUCGCAGGUGCUCUGACCCGAUUCCCCAGUGAUCAUACGGCUGCAUUCGCCGAAUACGAGGAGAAGAUGCGGCCAGUUGUCGAACGGGCACAAAAGCUAGCUCCAGGUGCUCCAUAUGUCCUUGCCCCGGAAACAGCCUGGGGAAUUUGGGUGCUGCAUGCAUUCUGCCUCAUGAUCAAUUACUCCAGAAUAGGCUUGCUGCUAGCCAUGAUCUGGGGCCCGCCAGCGAACGCGGUGCCCGUUGAAGAUUAUGGAUUCAAGCAAUUGGCUGAGUGGUCGCCUCAGACUUGA